CCUUCUACGACGUAAUCAAGUUUUAUUAUUUCCCUUGAUAUUUAUUUCUGUAGGUAUAUAAACAAUAUAAUACAGGGAAAAAAAUAUAGGGAAAUUAACAAAAUGGGAGAUCCUGAAAGUAAAAAGAGCAAGGUGUCAAUGCUAGAAGUUAAAAGCCGUUCAAAUACUCGAUCAAUCGUAGGCUUCGGGCCUAAAUCUAUGAGCAGAUUGAAAGUGCGCAGGCAGUCGUAUGGUUUUGGUGGCGUCCCUGGUAUAAGACCAGUUGAAAGAACUUCAAAUAUAGCGAUAGAAUUCAAGCGACCGGUUCUGAUGUAUUUCCCAACCUAUCAAUUGACGUCAAAUUAUCCAUUCCACUUGCCUACAGUCCGCAAGGAAAUAGAUGAGUUGCUUGACGAACAUUUCACUGAUCAUAAAUAUAAUGUUCAAGAAUCACCAUCCUUAGCGCUCCGAUUAGCUGGUGAACUGAUGCGUAAGUUAAAAGCAAUACAGUUCAACAGAUACAGGAUUAUCACCGUAGUGACGAUAGGGCAGAAGCGAGCCCAGAGCUACAACAACGCUAUCUCCUUCUUAUGGGACCACGAGAGGGACAAUUACGUGGACGUACAGAGGGAAGUCAAUUCUGCGUUUAUUCAGGUCACCGCGUUUGGGGUGUAUUUAGAUUGA